AUGAUCUAUUUUUAGUAAGUAUUUCUUCAGAUGAUUCUUUUCUCAAGAAGUCUUUUCAAAACUGAAAGUAAUAUAAUCUGGCCUUUCUCUUCUGAUGAAGAUUCUUCAGAAUUUGGUUAUUCUGUUUUCAAAUCUUUAGUAAAUUCAAACUUUUAGUUUUCCCUUAAACUAGCACUUCAGAAUCCUGCUUUCUAUACUGUUCCUUUUGGAUUGACUACCUUUUUUUUUAUAAUUUUCAUUCAUCAUCUUCCUCAUCGCCUACUUGAUUAGGCUUUUGACUAAUUUUAUUCAAAGUUCUUGAAUUAGUCGUUUAUUCCUUGUUAAGGUAUAAUGCUUAAAUGA